AAAGCUCAGAAUCUGGGAAAUGACAGGAGGUAUAUAUGCAAAGACCCUCGCCAUAUCUCAGGUCAGUGGAAUAUUUCGUAUACGAGAUAUUGGAAGAAACGUUUUACCCAAAUUUAUAGCGGAGCUCUCGUGCGCGCGAAGCGAGCGCGCAGCGGAGCACCAUGGGUAAGAAAAUUUGGUAAACUAUCCAUCAGAGAAAAUUUGGUUAUGACGUAGAGCACGCCCGCCCACCCGUACACACACUUCAUGUAAGCCGAUGUCAAAUGUCACAAUAGAUCUUGCACAACGUGCUAGCCUCUUAGUUAUGUAAGCCAUCCGUAUGAGUACGAUUAGAUUGACAGCUGUCAAAAUCAGACAUCCGCUGACAAUUAUCACAUGACCAUCUCGCGGGCUUAGAUGAAAGACCAGUCUUUUUGCCCCUACAUAUAAGCUGAUAUAAUAUGUCACACUUACCAAUUCAGCAUAAAAACGAAACUCCGCCGGGCAAGGCUGUCAGUUGGCUGACAGUCGUUUAAAGUUAUAGCCAAAUUAAGGUCAAUUGACAGCUGUCAAUGUGGGACAUAUGCAGACCACUAUCAGAAAACUAAUAACGUGGGCUCAGGUUCGCUCAGGUACACGAUCUGGCAUUUUCCAAUACAUGCCGGACGGAUAUGUCUUACUUACACUCGUAGUCUGUUAAUUCGAAUAUUCGCCAUUCUAAUGAAGGUUAAUUGACAGCUGUCAAACUAGAGUAUACGCUGACAAUCAUUACCUGAGUGUAUCACGGGCUCAUUUUUCUAUGCAUUGAGGUCACGUAGUGUUUAAAGUUUUGCGCUGAUAUUUUAUUUGAUCACGGGCUCAAUUCGAAACCCCAUAGCUUAGAAAAUCUAUCCCUCCUAGGAAAUUUGGCAAUCACGUGCGCGUACACCGACCACCCGACCUUUUGUCCGUCCGCACCACAGGCAUACCAAUGUUUAAUCUCACACUUUCUAGCUAGUUUGCCUAAGUUUGGGAGCCUGCAACCUGAUAUUGCACAUGCAUGUUUUGAUUAAUUGACAGCUGUCAAAAUAGUGUUUCUGCUGACCAGUAUCGCCUGACCAUAUCGCGGGCUCAGGUAUCGACCCACUGAGUUCGAGUGUUUUUUUUAAGGUAUCCGCUGACAAGUUGCUACUUUUCAAAUGACCGCAGGCUCAAGUUCAAUUUUUUUAAAAUGCAUAUGAAAUAAGUCGUGUUCAUGAGCCGCACUUUUAAAAUGGUGAUUUCGAACUGACCUCGGACGCGAAAAUUCAACUGUCUUUUACAUUUACAUGCAGGGAAGGCAAUUUCUUACUGUCACGCGUUGAUCACGCUCUACGUCCAAUUUUUAUGUUCUGAUUGGUCAAAAUUUGACAGGUGAGUUCAUGCGGAAAAUUUAUGCAGCAUCUGGUAACUUGCUUACUGAUAACUGGAGCUGACAGAGUUUUGUGUCAUCUUGUGAUGUUUUAAACUGUCUUUUCACUUGCUGUACAAAAUGAAAUACAGCUGCUAUCAAGAUUGUUCUGUAAUUCAUGGCUGGUUUGUUUAUUGCGCUUUUUGUUGACAAAUGCACCGCUUGUGAAAGUCAUUGGAAAUCCGAUUUCGGAUGGCAUCGUUUUAAAAAACGAGCUUACUUCAAUACUUCUCUUCGUGAAUGAAAAUUAUUGUCUCUGUACAUGUUCCACCGAAUUAUAUUUAUUUUAUUGAUUGUUUGUAGUCCCUCUCGCAAUUUUUAUCGCUGCACCGGUUGUUUUCAGUCGAACAUAAGCUAACAUAUACAUCGCAUGCAGGAAUACUUAAAACACCGCGCGUAAAUAUCACUGGCUUUUAAAGAUUACACAUAACAAAACCAUACACAGUUUAAUAAAUAAAGGGAAAUAAAACCUAAACAUAACUAUUUCUCUAUCAUGUUGAAGCGUAAAUGGUAACUCUAUUAAUCGCACUACAAAUUUGGCUGGCCGAAAAGUGAUUUUGCGAAUUUUUUUUCAUCGUUUUCAUUAGAAGCCCAUAAUUAUUACCCUGCAUAUCACAUAGGACCAGAUUUUUCUAACUGAAAAGUCCCGGCAUUAUAGAAUUCUCUUCAUGAAAACGUUUUAUAAUUCAAUGCUACAAUUUGUUGUGCAAAGGAAGCGCGUGCUUUAAUCGUCGUGGAUAUAUUGAAUGAGUGCAAAUUCUCUCGCAAAAUUGUGAAAAACUGCAGAAUUAUAGGUUUAAAUAGGGCAAAAAAGAACAAAUUCUGUCCGAGGUCUGUAUGAUAAAAAAGGGCCUCAUAGUACUGUUUACCUGAGACGUGAUGACAAAAAGUAUGUUUAAAAGGCUGGUUUACGCGCCACCUGAUUCGUCGCCAAGAUUUACUAGUAACCUAAACUUGCCGAACACAAAAAAUCCGACCUGAUUUUUAUUUUGGCCUCUCUUUUAGAAAGAGGAAUGCAACGUGUAAAUUGGCUGCCACCAAGGACUAUCGUGGCGCGUGUGUUUCUUAACAUUAUAUUAUUAUCCAUAGUCUCCCUAACGGAGCAAUGUUGGAGAGACAGGUGAAUACCACAUUAUGAUGCAACAGCUAAUGCAAAUACAAUACUCGAAUAGGUCUAUUUGUUUUCCAGGCCUAUUUUGGGUGUACAAAUAAGACUAUUUAAUAAUUCGAUGUAAAAUUUGUUUCACUCUUGGACUGUCAAAUUAUUUUUCUCUAAAAUCACUUGACCUUUGCCUCAAAAGUCAAAUGAAUGUGCCCUGAUCUGUGGAUGACAAGUUUAUUGUUUGAUUUAAAUUAUGAAUUUAUUAACGAGAGCUUCGCUUUUAGCCCUGGCUAAAUCUAUAUAUUAUAAUUCUUAAUGUUAUAUAGUGCUUAAUUCUUACUUCAAAUAUUUCUGCAAAUAAUGUACUUAUUUUUUUAAAAUAUUAUUAUUAUUGUUAUUAUUAUUAUUAUUAUUAUUAUUAUUAGUAUGACCAUCAUAAUAUGUUUUUUGAGGUAAUGAGGAGUCAAGCACGUCACAAUUGCCCAGCGUAUGUCUCCUUCCUCCGGAUACUGGUUUAUGCAAGGCUCUCAUCCCACGAUAUUACUUUGAUUCGAGAACCGGUCGGUGCCAGACAUUCAACUAUGGUGGUUGCGGAGGAAAUAUGAACAAUUUCAAAGACAAGAAGAGCUGCGAGGAAAAAUGUCUCGGUGAGAAGAUUUGCAGUAAUUUUCCGCUUCCUUUUCUUUUUCUUCUUCUUCUUCUUCAUCGAUAUUCUUCUAGCUAGAUUUGUUGUGCACAGUCUUAAGCAUCCUUUAAUACAAAGAUCAAAAUUUCUAUCAUGAUUACCUCCAUUUAAACGGGGUUUCAAGUAAAAUGGAAUACGUUAAAUUUAUUGAAAAUGGCGGAUCCAAGAUGGCGGAUGGUUCCAGUUCCUUCUUAUAUAAUGAAUAACGUCAUAGUGACAUCACUGUUAUUGUUAAAGGUUAUCAAUGUGUUAGUUAACUUUUUGAUGUUAUCAAACUUCUUACUAUAUUUAAGUAAUUUUCCCCUUAUGGUUACUUUGAGAGGAAUUAGGAUUCGCCAAGAAAUUGAACAAUGGGACGUCAUAAUCACGUCAAAUUACGUCAUUGUGUCAAUGACCUUAUGCCUAGAUAUUGGAAAUGAUGAGUACAUUAUUCUGGGUAAUUUUGGUGGCGUAUUAUCCGAAGCAAAAAAAUAGAAAAAGAAAAAAAAAGGCCUGAAUAGGGUUAUUUAACAUAUUUUUUGAGAAAGCCUUUGCGUUUAGUUUUACUUGUACGUAACAGCAGCACUUUUAUCGGUUGAUUUUGUUGAAUUGAUGGUACUGUUUGAGCUUAUUAACUAGGUUCUUUAAACAAAAAAAAACAAAAAAACGAACAGGUAGGCGAUAUAAUAUUUCCAAACGUCCUGCGAACUCGGCGAGAUGAUUAUACAUUCACCUUUCAAAUUGGUAUGUGACUGUGAUAGUAAGCAAAUCAGGGUUACAGCUUUAAAGGUUAGCUCAGCAAAUGUCAGGUUAUUGUAAAAGUACACCCCUUGCGAGCGAGAUGUUUAUAAUAACAUUUACAGGAGGUAUAGACAUAAUCGCACAACAGGAUUCUUAUCUUAUACAUAUUAGGGAGCUUCUCCUGAGUUGAACGAUUUAGAAAAAAUGGCUUCAAGUUCUUUGAUAGUUGUUGGUUUUAGUAAGAGUAAUUUUUUUCAUUAAUUCUUUUACCUAAUGUGGGAUGGAGAGAGGAAGAUGUUCUGGAUAUUUUGUUGGCGCAACUCGAAACAUUGUUGAUAAAAUACUGCCGGAAAAACUGUUUGCUAUUUCGCGAAGGUACGACAAUUAUCCAUUUGAUUUAGGUUUUAGGCUGCAGACAUUUACCUCUAUUAAAAUAUUGUCGUUAUAAGCUCUCGUGUGUUUUUAAACUUUUUUGUUCUGUAUAUCUUUCUUCUUCUUCUUCUUCUUCUUCUUCUUUUUCAUUAUAACGUCUUUUUGCAAAUCGAAUUUUUUCCUAUAGAUCCUUCAACUCACGUGGUCAGCAGCUGUGCAAAUUUAUUGUAACAAAAUAUUUUUUUUACACACACACACAAAAAAGUUCAAUUCCUAAAGGAUUUUUUAGUAGGCCGAGAUGGCGGUUGUUCCACUUUUCUGAUUAGGCCCUAUCAUUCCAACAUCCGACGCAGCUAACUGCACAUUUGAUGUUUGACUAGUUCGAUACCCGUCUGCAGAGACGGUCACACGUUACAAAAACACCUUGAUGGCUUUUUGAAUGAUGCAAUGUCUUUGUUUUGCUUGCCCUACUGCGUCGUUUGCUACUCAACAAGGUGUUUUGCAUUUGACCGUUCCUCUGAAAAAAGGCGCAUGGACGUUUCAUCUCAAUAAGACUAUUUAGCAACGAUAAUAAUAACAAUAAUAAUAAUAAGCGGCCAAGAUAUAAAGAUCCUGGAAAACGUGCUCGAGAUGAUUCGCGAAUGUUUGAAAACAUUGAAGAGGCGAGCGGGUUUUGGAGAAAGCUGUGGGAAGAGAGGGGGACUGGGAAUAAGAACGCGGCCUGGUUGCAGGAAGUAAAGCUCGCGAUCCACGAGCAAGUACCACUACCGACAGGCGACGAAUGGGCUCUCGAAGUAGCGGAAGCGGUCAAAGUCCUGUCCAAGAAGCGCAACUGGAGUGCGCCAGGGCCUGAUAAAAUCACUAACUUUUGGUGGAAACGUGCUAGCACCCUGCACGAGGGUGUGGUUGAGAGCUUCAAAGAAGUUUCUAAGAGCGACGAAGAUUACCCCGAGUGGUUUUCUGAAGGGAAAACCUCCCUCAUUCCGAAAGAAGGCGAGUUCCUCAGUGAAAAUCAAAGACCUAUUACUUGUCUGAAUAACAUGUAUAAGUGGUUUACAUCUUGCCUCCUGGCACCCAUGGACCAACACCUUGAACAUUAUGGCCUGAUGGAAGGCCAGCAAAGAGGAGCGAAAUCAGGGUGUUUCGGUACGAUGGAUAAUUUGCUAAUCGAUAGAGCAGUAAUGCUGGAUUGUCACAGAGGCAAACGGAAUUUAAGUAUGGCAUGGAUUGACGUGCGCAAAGCCUACGACUCCGUCGAUCAUGAUUGGUUAUGCGCAAUGACUGACGUACACAGGCUUCCCGUCUGGCUGGGUGAGGUUAUACGCAAGUUGUGUGCGAGCUGGAAUACUAAAGUAGUAGCUACAACAAGGCAAGGGCGAGAGACUUCUAGAAAAAUAAGGUUCAUGAAGGGUCUACCCCAGGGGGACGCUUCGUGUCCUAGACUGUUUACACUGUGUCUGAACCCUGUAGCGUGGCGCCUGCGGGCAACAGAGGGAUACCGGUUAUCCAAGCCUAUAGGAGUCAAAGUCACCGAUCUCCUGUAUAUCGACGACCUCAAGGUUUUUGCUGCCUCCGAGAGCGAGCUGAAUCGAGUGCUGAAAGAGACUAGAGGAGCGAUGCAAUAUCGGCCUCCACUGGAAUCAGAAAAAGUGCUCAGUGGUACACGUGAAGAGGGGAGCCCAAGUGCUAGACGAGUCUGGUAUGAGGAUGGACGAGACAACUACCAUCACGGCUCAUGGGGAAGGAAAACACUACAAAUUCCUGGGGGUGCUAGAGAACGUUCGACAGGAUGAACGGCUGGCUCUAGCCUGCGCGGCUAAAGAGUAUCUACGCAGGAUAUCUAUUAUAUGGUCCAGCCCCCUGUCUGAUUGUAACCGUGUGCAGGCAUCUAAUCAGUAUGCACUCCCGGUCCUGCGGUACCUAAUGUGGACACAGCAUUGGCCUCUAUCAGAGUUAAGAGAUGUGGACAGAGCAGCUCGGAAGAUCAUAGUUGAGAACGGUGGCAAGCACCCAGCUAGCCUGACCUCUUUGUUAUAUCUACCGAGGGAGAAAGGGGGUAGAGGCCUGCGAUCAGUCGAACACGAGUACAAGAUCACUAAAAUCAAAUCGCUACUGAAACUGUAUCAGAACCCGGACCCGACUGUGGAAGCAGUUAGAGAAUUUGAAGAACACGCCAUGGCAUCAGGCCACCAGUCGCUCGUAAAGGAAGCAGCUAAGUACGCUGAAGAACUCAACAUCACCCUUCAGCUUGAUACCCUAAAUCCCGUGUGUGUUACAACAGAUGGAAAGGUGGUAACUGCAGCAAGAGCUGGGAAUCUGUUGAAGCAAUCUCAAGAGAAGCAGUUCUUGGAGAGCGCUAAAGACAAAAAGUGGCAAGGAAAGUUAUUCCGUAUCAGAUGGGAAGAUGAGAGCCUAAGCACAGCCAGCUGCUUUGCAUGGUUAAAGGUUGGGCUACAUGCCCCACACAUACCAUCGCGGGCAUGUAUGAACUGUAUGAGCAGUUGUUACCUACGAAGCUCUACACAAAGGAGAAGACGCAAACCUCCACCGGCGGCGAAGUUCUGUGCAGGUUAUGUGGGAAGGUAGCUGAGAGCGUUGCACAUGUACUGGCUGGAUGUUCCUCCCUGGCACAAACCAAGUACCUAUACAGGCAUAAUGCAGCUUUGAAGAUUCUGUUUUUUGAGAUCCUGCGAGAGCAUGGGUUAAUGGAAGAGGUUCCACCAUGGUACUUACCGGUGAUGCCAAAACCAGCCUACCAGAACACCACGAGUGAGGCGUUUUGGGAUAUUCCCAUCUAUGCAGAGCACAACGAAGUUAGAGCAAAUCGGAUCGACGCGCGACUUGUCAACCACGAGAGGAAAGAAGUCUGCACAAUUGAAAUGAGCUGCCCAUGGAUUGAGAGUAGAGCUAAGAAAGAUGAGGAAAAGACACUCAAGUAUGGGCCCAUGAUGUGGGAGCUGAAGCAGAGAUACAAUGGUUACAGGGUUGAACAGUUCAACGUAAUAAUUGACGUACUGGGGGGUUACUCUAAACACCUAGAGAAGUCGGUGAGGAAGCUACUUGGAGCGAGAGCACGGAGCGUACUUGAGCGAAUGCAGAAGUCGGUCAUCUCAAACACUUUAAACAUUGCCAGAACAUUUAAGAUAAAUAUUUAGUUAGGGCGCUAUGGACUUCAGUUUUUAGGUUUUUGUUUUUUUCUAGAAAUCUAGAAACACAAGCUUGCUGACGUUUUUAUUUAGAUUUUUAGAACAUUAGAGUGUGAUAUUAUUAUAAAUAUGUUUUUAGUAGAGAUAGCGAAGGUUUUACAGAGUAUCAGAAUUUAAUAAUAUUCUAAAUUGGCUUUUUAAGUAGAGAGAUUUAUAUCACUAUGUAUAAGCUUUUAGUAGAGAUAGCGAAGGUUUUACAGAGUAUCAGAAUUUAAUAAUAUUCUAAAUUGGCUUUUUAAGUAGAGAGAUUCAUAUCACUAUGUAUUUUAGGAUUGUAUUAGGUUUCGUAUCGACCUUUUUUUACUUCUAAGUAUAGCUUCUCAAGUGGUGUAGGUUACGCUAUGCGCCCUAUACUACUCAUAAUGUGGACAGCAUUCCAAAGUUUCAUACUGCGACAUAAUAAUAAUAAUUUAUGAACUUAUUGUGCUUAGCUUAAAAUGAGAAUGAUCAGCUGCGCAUUACAACUACAUUACUUUAAAAGAAACAAUAAAAGAUAAUGCAUUAAAAAAUAAAAAAAGAAUAUAUAUGCAUGCAAGUAAGAACUGAAUAUAAAAUUGCUCACCAAUAUAAAUUUUUAAAAAGAUAAGUCUUAAAAUGCGCCUUAAAACUGUUCACAUUAGUAAUCGUACGAAUUUCUUUUGGAAGAGAGUUCCAGAGCCUUGGCGCUGCUACCAUAAAAGUUCUAUCACAUAACAUCUUCGAUCGACCAGCUGGCAUAGAAAGUAAAAUACUAUCUGAAGAUCUAAGGUUAUAUAAGGACGAUAAAAAUGUUAGUAAAUCGCAUAGAUAUUUAGGAGCAAGUCCGUGAAUUGCUUUGAACGUAAAAAGCAGUAUCUUAAAUUCUAUCCGGGCUUUAACAGGAAGCCAAUGCAGACCACGAAGAAGGGCAGAGAUGUGGAAAAACGUAGAGGCAUUACAAACUAGCCUGGCUGAGGCAUUCAAAACUCUCUGCAAUUUGUUAAGCUGGUAGUUGGGCAGCCCAUACAAAAGACUGUUACAAUAAUCAACACGAGAUGUAAUAAAUGCAUGGACAAGCAUUUCCGUUGAUUCUCGAGACAAAUACUUGCGAAUGCGUUUGAUAUUAUGCAAAUGGUAAAAGGCAACACCACAUAACUUGCUAAUAUGAGUUGACAUAGUAAGCUGCUCAUUAAACCAUGAGCCUAGGUUUCUAGCUACUGUUACAGUCGACCCAUUCCUAAUGAAAUUGAUGUUAACCUUGGCCAGCUGCUGCCUAGUACCUAUUAUUAAAAAUUCUGUUUUAUCAUCGUUUAACAUAAAAUUAUCUGAAAUCAUCCAACUCCUAAUGUCAAUGAUACAGUCAGUCAUGGACUUGAUGGAAAAAAUCAGCAUUCGCAGAUCGAUUGGGGCUGAAUGAUACAUACAACUGUGUAUCGUCCGCGUAGCAGUGAAUUUGUGGGAGGUGGCGUUCAACGAUCUGAAACAGUUUGCGCGUGUAGAUAGUGAAAAGCAAGGAGCCCAAACAUGAUCCUUGAGGAACACCUUGUUUCAAAGGAAACUGAACUGAGAGACCACCAUUUACAGAGACACGCUUGAACCGGUCAGAUAGAUACGAUUUAAACCAGGCAAGCGCAUUGUCAGUUAUUCCCAAAUCAGACUCAAGACGACCAAUCAGCUUAUCAUGAUGUAUCGUGUCAAGAGCUGCACUUAAAUCUAAUAAUACAAGCAAGGUGACAUGUUGCUCAUCCAUAGACAUCAAAAUAUCAUUCUUAACUUUACGUAAGGCCGUCUCCUUGCUGUGUUGCUGUUUAUACGCCGAUUGAAGAAGAGAAUGUAAAUUGUUGGCAGUCAGAUGCUCCAUAAACUGCUUAGCCCCAGCCCUCUCCGACAAUUUAGAAAUAUAAGAGAGGUUACUGACUGGACGGAAAUUUUUGAACGCAAAGUCCAAACCAGGUUUCUUGAGACAUGGUAACGCAAGCGCCUCUUUCCAGGCCUCAGCGAAUCGACCGGUGUCAAAAGAGAGGUUGAUCAGCUUCGUGAUAACUGGCAAUAGAACAUACAGCAACUUGAGAGCAAUCGGAGUGGGAAUGGGUUCGAGUUGACAAGAUUUACCCCCUGCUCUACUAAUCAACAUGCGCAUUUGUUCUUGAGAGAGAGUCCUGAAACCGGUAAACUGUUCUUUCAGGCAAGUAAUGUCAGUAGCAGGUAGAGAUGGCACGGAUGGUGUAGAUAAAUUAGCCAAAGACGCGUUUAUAUUCUCAAUCUUCUGUGCAAAGAAAUUUCCAAAAUCAUUGGCAAGCUUAACAGUGUCAACACGAGGAAACGACGCAGUGUUGGUGUCACACAACAGGGACUUUGUAACAUUAAACAGUUACCUGAUAUGAUAUUGAAUGAGGCUGAGUAGGAUGUGAAGAAUUAUGUAGAUCGAGAAGACUGUUAUCCACUAAGGCAAAGGCCGAGGUGCAUGCAUAACAGCCUCGACAGAGACCGACAUAAUUCUUCAUAUCAUACGAAAGAACAAAAGAAAAACAAAAAUUACCUGAGAUGAAAAAUUAAUUACAACAUACAUAUAUUCUAAUGGGCCUUAUUAAAAAAAACAAUCAAACAAACAAAAAAAACAGUUAACUUUGUUUCCCUCCCAAAGCAGCAGCAGCUGCUAAGAUAAAUUGAAAACAAUCAUAAUGCAGUAUGUAUUUAAUUGAGGGAAAAUAAAGAGGACUUUGGUUCUUCUUAAUAAGGCUUACGAUCUUAGCCACUUGUUUUCAUUGGAGCUCCCUUGUGAUAAUCAAUUGCCUUGAACUUGAAAAAGCAUCGAGACAUACAUGUCGUGGUUCAAUUAGUUUAUCCUUGCUUUAAAUCCUUUUUUUUUUGGGGUAUGGUAAUAUAUGAUGAUGAGUUUGAAACAAAAGAAAAUAGAAUUUGAACCAAGGAUGACAUUAAUCAGAAAAUAUAUGUUACUGGACUAAAAGAUACAUUAUCUCUUGAUUGCUGUCCACGAAAAAAUGUUAAACUCCAUAUGAGCUCCUCUAAUGUGUAUUUUACUUUUUUUUAUUUAUUUAUUAAAGGUGGCGCUACAAAGAUUUUGUUGAAGAAUCGAGUUCAGACGCCAAAAUAUUUCUGGAAAGCUGUUUGCGACCCUACGGAAAAGGAGUCCGUUUUGUUUUAUGCUGAAAACCCUGUUGGAAUCGUGGACAGAAAAAGACGCCGCGGAUGUAAUGGAGCUGAGCAAACAAUGUCAAAAGGCGUAAUUGAAUGCACAAGUAUUAGUGCUGCUAAAAGGGAAUUUGCAGUGCCGAAUUUCAAUGCAAACAAUUGUCGUCCGUCCGCCACAGGUUUAAAAGACUUAACCUCGAUUCUAACCGGUUUUGUGCGUUAAUACAUUGAUUUUAACAGAAGUG